UGAACCAAAAUUCUGACAUGACAGCUCCAAAGUGAGACUGGCAUUUACAGAGAGAGAGAGAAAAAAACAGUGAAAGUAAAUAUUUACUUUUAAUUAACUUAACUUAACUGGAUUGGAUUGAUUAAUUUACCACUGGCGGAGCAAUUUAUUUGAGAGAAACAUUAGUGAAAUUAAGUAGAAACAAGUUACAAAACUUCAAGCAACAUGUCAGAAGUUAAAAAGAGAAAAAAUAGCAAGGGAAAGUCAUCUUUAGGGGAUGAUGAAUCAGUAAAGAAAGAAAUUAGUGGAGACUUAUCGGUGAAAAAGAAGGAUAAAAAGAAAGAUAAAGGGGGUGUGGUGCAGGAUGGCAAGAGCGAUGGAGAUGUUGCAUCUACAGCGAGUGGAACGGAUGAUCCUCCUCCAAAGUUUGGGCCAAUGCCAAAGUUAUCUCCGCAUCGGUUAUGGUCAAGAUCUGCCCUUAUUAUUGGACUGAUGACGGUCGUGUGGUGGAAUUCUAGCAAAAAGAACGAAACACCCUUUGCAGGAGUGACUGAAGAUAUUCGGUAUCGAAGCAUGAAGACCAAAUGUUCGGCAACGUUUGACAAACAUGUCUCCAAAUUUGCAGGAUGCAUUCCAAACCAUUGCGGAAGGCUUGUUACUGAUGAUUUGAUCAGUCCCGAGGAAGUUUUCGCCCUGAAUGACCUAGUCACUCGUGGUUUCAGUGAGGCAAAACCUGCUGCUGCGGCCGUGUUGGACUUUUCGGCAGGGAUGUUGAAAUUCAAUGGACGAUCUGUCGAUGUUUACAAGCUGAACAAGACCAAACCCAUUUUUCAUAGGGAAGACCUUCUCCUUUUUCAAUCCGUGAAAUCCAAGCUAAUGAGAAUGGUCUCCUCUUAUUUUGGUGUAGAUUAUUGGUCAAUUCAUUUGGCAGCCCCUGUCUACUUGUCGCGAUUAACGGGAAAAGGAUCACAGCAUAAGACUGAUGAAUAUUGGCACAUAACGGUUCAUCAGGAAGUUCACGAACCGUUUGACUACUCGACAGUUUUAUUUUUGUCGGAUUUUAACAAAGAUUGUGAAGGUGGGAGGUUAAUCUUUACCGACGGAGAUAGUACAAAUCGGACAGUGGAUCCCCGGAAAGGUCGUGCCAUGUCAUUCACUUCCGGAACAGAAAACAGACAUUACAAUGAACGAGUUACCAAAGGGGCACGCUUCGCAUUGACAAUGGGAUUUACCUGUGAUUCCACUAAAGCCAGGAAAGAUCCAGCAUUUUAAUUUUUAAUGGGAUGCCCCUAUCUUUGGCUUCUCGUCUGAUCAAAGUCAAUUUUAAUGUUAGCUAAACAUUGAUAAUUAUUAUAUAGAAAACAUACAUAAUCUCGAUAUCCUUCCAGUGUUUUUAUACUAAUGAAUUUUUGUAUAAAUUUCAUUAUUAUUUCAAUUCCAUUCCAAACCUAUAUGAUCAAACUUAUUUUCUCAAAGAUUGUUUUAAUUAUAGACAUUAUUUUGCUCAAUUUAUUUUUACGCGUUAUUGGUGACUGUUAUUACUUGUUACUUUUGUACAAAAAGUAUGUUGUACUGCGGAAAAGACUAUAAAUUUAGGGUCCAAUAAAAUUUAGUAGUUCAAGUUCUGUGCUAAAUAAUAAGUAUGAUGGGAUGCCAACAAGAAUUAGAUGCAGUGAACCUAAAUAGGUUCACUCGAACCUUUUCCGGGUAUACAUAAAUACAUAAUAUUUUCCUCCAA